GUUAGAAAAGCGCUUACGCUAUAUGCGUACGACAGCAUCCCUAAAAUUGCCUCUGUCAUACAACCAGGAAGAAGGUGGGAUAGCCCUACAAAGCUAACAUCCCCAAUCUUUCUGCACACUUUCUCCGAAAAUAAUGGGAUCUUCCAGGUGGAAGGUAGCAGCGGCCACGGCCUUCCUCGCUAUAGUGGGCUCGUUAUUACCUGUACACGCAGAUGAACAUGACCACACGUACACAGAUAAAGAAGAGGUAGUUUUAUGGAUGAACACAGUGGGCCCUUACCACAACCGACAGGAGACAUACAAGUACUUCUCUUUGCCCUUCUGCGCGGGCAACAAGAAGACCAUCAGUCAUUACCAUGAAACGCUCGGAGAGGCACUGCAAGGAGUGGAGCUUGAAUUCAGCGGCCUCGAUAUCAAGUUCAAAGAUGAAGUCCUGCAGACAACAUACUGUGAAAUUGACCUGGACAAAGCAAAACGGGAUGCCUUUGUCUAUGCCAUAAAGAAUCACUACUGGUACCAAAUGUACAUAGACGACCUGCCCAUCUGGGGUAUUGUGGGUGAGGCGGAUGAAAACGGGGAAGAUCAUUAUCUGUGGACGUACAAGAAACUGGAGAUUGGCUUCAAUGGCAACAGAAUUGUUGAUGUAAAUCUGACCAGUGAAGGCAAAGUCAGACUCGUGCCAAACACCAGAAUUGCGAUGUCUUACUCUGUGAAGUGGAAGAAGUCAGAUGUGAAGUUUGAAGACCGAUUCGACAAGUACCUUGAUCCGUCCUUCUUCCAGCACAGGAUUCACUGGUUCUCCAUCUUCAACUCCUUCAUGAUGGUCAUUUUCUUGGUGGGUCUGGUGUCCAUGAUCCUGAUGAGAACACUAAGAAAGGAUUACGCCAGAUAUAGCAAAGAGGAGGAAAUGGAUGACAUGGACAGAGACCUGGGAGAUGAAUACGGGUGGAAGCAGGUACAUGGCGACGUGUUUCGGCCGUCAAGCCACCCACUGAUCUUCUCUUCACUCAUCGGCUCCGGCUGCCAGAUCUUCUCCGUCUCCUUCAUCGUCAUCAUCGUCGCCAUGGUCGAGGAUCUGUACACAGAGAGAGGAUCCAUGCUGAGCACAGCCAUUUUCGUGUAUGCUGCCACCUCCCCUGUCAAUGGCUACUUUGGGGGAAGCUUGUAUGCAAAACAAGGAGGCAGAAGAUGGAUUAAGCAAAUGUUCAUUGGGGCCUUCCUGAUCCCAGCCAUGGUGUGCGGGACUGCCUUCUUCAUCAACUUCAUCGCUAUGUACUACCACGCCUCCAGAGCCAUCCCAUUUGGCACCAUGGUCGCUGUCUGCUGUAUCUGCUUCUUUGUCAUUCUGCCGCUUAACCUCGUGGGAACAAUUCUGGGGAGGAAUCUGUCCGGCCAGCCAAAUUUCCCCUGCCGAGUGAACGCCGUGCCGCGCCCCAUCCCUGAGAAGAAAUGGUUCAUGGAGCCGGCCGUCAUCGUCUGCCUCGGAGGAAUCCUUCCGUUCGGAUCGAUUUUCAUUGAAAUGUACUUUAUCUUCACGUCCUUUUGGGCCUACAAAAUCUACUAUGUGUACGGCUUCAUGAUGCUGGUCCUGGUCAUCCUGUGCAUCGUGACUGUGUGCGUCACCAUCGUGUGUACGUACUUCCUGCUCAACGCUGAGGACUACAGAUGGCAAUGGACAAGCUUCCUCUCGGCUGCAUCCACUGCUGUUUAUGUCUACAUGUACUCCUUUUACUACUACUUCUUCAAAACUAAGAUGUACGGGCUGUUUCAGACAUCCUUCUACUUUGGCUACAUGGCUGUGUUCAGCACCGCCCUGGGAAUCAUGUGUGGUGCCGUUGGAUACGUGGGAACAAGUGCCUUCGUGAGGAAGAUCUACACAAAUGUGAAAAUUGACUAAGAAGCGAAGCAGCAACACAGGGAUAUUAAAUGGAUUUUCCUAUGUGUAUUCUGAAAAGCGGCGGGCACAAGUCAUUCUUUAUUACUUUUCUUUCUUGCAAAGAGAUUUGUGAGAAUCUCGCUUUGUACAAUGUAGUUUUUUUUUUCUUCCAUUUUCUGAAUGAAUUUCAACGCCGCAACUCGGAACAAGUGCAAAUCUGCGGAAGAGAUAUCAAAGGUUCUGUUUUUAUCAGUUGCUUUCAAACAAACGGUGGGGCAAAUAUGGCUGACAUGGCUUCUCUUUUCCACCCUAGUCCCACCUGAGACCAGAGAACAUACAUGUUUAUUGAUGGAAUGCUCUCUUCAGUGAAGAGGCCGAAGUGUAUUGAAAGCCUUUUGUUCUAGUGGGUCAGAAUAUUGGAGAGUUGGGUUCAUGCCCGUGUUCUGACUGGAUUUUUAUUUUGUAUUCUUGAAGUCACUCAAAAUAUCGUUAAUACAUAAAAGUUGUUUGCUUCCGAUUUACUUCCACUGCAAAAAGAUGACAUAAGAAGCUGUCGUCACUCAAGAAUCCUUUUCCCGUUUUGAUGAUUCUUAAUUCCGUUACAGUAGCAAUCCAUCCAGUUGAGGGAGAUUUUAGUCCUGCUGUAGUUUACUGUACAGACGAGAACAGAGGGACUGAUCAAUGGUUGAGGUACAGUAAGAACAGAUUUUUAAAUGGAUGUUUGAUGUGAUCCCAUUUCCCCGUUUAGCCGGGGUUUUCUUAAUGUUUGGGUUUGAAUGAAGUCUACUUGUAAAGAUAAUAUAUGGAUAUGGGUGGGAAUGUAUAUAACCUUAAUGUACCUUUAGAUGUAGAUCCCAAAUGUAUUUUCGUUGUACAGAUUUACUACAGGGUGUUUUUUUUUUUUUUUUUAAAUCAGUUAAAAACAAGUUCUUUUCUUUGGUGCUUGGGAUGGGGCUGUUACAUCUUGCCUGAAAUUGCAUGAAAUUUUCACCAAACAAUCUGCUCAUCAAAUUUCUCUUCAGUCAGCACUGUCGUUUUUUCCUCCCUUCCUUAUGAUCAUUUUCUCAAUCUCAAAAUGUAAACUGCAUUUUGGUGACAGGUCUGCUUACGGACACUUAUUUUGAUUUCAUAUUAUUUGAAGCUUCAAGCGGUCUACAUCUUCUGGUAAGCCAUUUCCCUCUUGUUCUGUUGCCUAACCUGAAACAUCAUUUGUGAAUGUCAGAAGGAAUGAGGCGAUUGCUUUGUUUCCCCACACACUGUAUAAAGUGAGAUUUAUGUACACUUAAGACUAGAUGUUUUCAUAACCACACACGCGGAGCGUUUCCAAGGCUUUUCCCCGUUUUGUGUAAAUACAGUAUGUACCCUACUUGUAUGAGAAGUGGCAAUGCCUUUUUUUUUCUAAUUUCCAGUUCUCCACUAAAGUUGAUUUUGGCACCUCCUGUUGUGUACCAAUGUCUGAAUAGACAUUUUGAACCUGCAUAUUAACUUGCUGUAAAAAGAGAAAAUAAACAUGUUUAUGUACAGGGGU